AUGCGCACUUCACAAGAACAUGACCUUCGAUCAACGGCCUCUCAUGUGACGAUCGAUGAUGACCCUUCAAGACAGUCACCCAAGAGCGCCCCUCAACCUGCUGCUCGUACUGGCUCAACCACCAAGCUUCAUUCAGAUUUAUCACCCCGGUCGAACUCUGCUGAAUACGAAGAGGACUCUCGCUCGCUGACCAACAGAUACCAGAAGGCCCUAGGCAUUGGCGACACUACACUUUCCUCAUCUACUCGUACAACCAAGAGCCAGAACUUGAGUAGCAGACAGAAGAUCGUCGGUGUUGGGGCCGAGGUGUUCAGUUCCACUGAUGAUGAUGACUUCGAUUGGGAUGACUCUGACGAGUCGGAAUUGGAUGAAAACGAACGUGCGGAACGCCAGAAGCGAAAAUUGCGCGUACAACACAAUCAUCUCGAACAUGAGAAUCACCUCCGUCAUGCCAAACGACUCAGGAAGGUCUACCUCUCUUUUAUGAGACUCUCCAGGCCGACCAGAACGGCCCUAUUACUCAUCAUUGGUUGCAGUAUUGCCAUCACACCCACAAUCGUCGUGAUCCUUCGCUUCCCCGAAAGUCGAGCCAAGAUUCAUAUAUUGAUGUGGUCUAUUUGGAUCUCAAUCAACAUUGCGCUAUCCUGCGUCAUAUCUAUCCUAGUCGACAUAUUUCCGGUGAUAGCUAUCAAGUUGUCAUGCUUGCUAUACGGAUCCGCACCCGAAAAAUUGAAAACACAAGUUGAGCUAUGGAUGGGCGUACGGACUUGGACAAAGAUUGCAUUGAAUUUGACAUCCUAUUGGGUUUCUCUGUUGGUAAUGUUUUUACCCAUGUUCCCCUUUCAUAACGAGCCCCAAUUGCGGUACUUUCAGUGGUUCAAAAGAGCCACCGGUGCUCUUUUCGGUACUGGAUUGGUCUUACUGGCAGAAAAGAUUUUACUGCAAAUUGUCAAGAUAAAUUUUCACAGGACCAGUCUUCAGGAUAGGUUGGAAGAAAAUGACAAAGCUUUGCGGGCGUUAGACAAACUAGCCGCAGCUAAGGACGCUGCCAAGAUGCACAAGAAGUCAUCACAUUUUGCGUUUGGUCAUUUCACACCAGCGCACAGGUCUGGUCGCAAUACUCCGGCGAAAAUGCAUGGCGCCCAAACACCAAGACAGGAGAAAAAAGGCAACAGGACCCGCGACUCAAUCAUCGUAGAUGUACCGAUGGCAUCGAUGGUUCCACACACGAAUUCUUCUGGCUUAGCUGUUCCAGAAGGGGUUUCGGCUGCUCAACUCUCGAAUGAGCUCCAAGCUCAAGCACGCAAGAAGCCGAAACGGCCCGUGAACAUCUCGAGCAUGACCGACCAAAUUACCCACGUGAUCGCGCAAGCCACCCUGAAAGAUGGUAUCCGCAAUGCGGAUCACAGAUUGGAUGCAGCGACUCAUUCUGCCAAGAAGCUGGCUCGAAAAUUAUUUGAAGGAUUGGACGAGGACAAGGGCGGUGUCUUGACACGCGACGAGUUUGAACCCUACUUCAAGAACCCGACUGAUGCGGCCGAUGCAUUCAAGGUUUUUGAUAAGGAUGGCAAUGGCGAUAUCGACCGAAAAGAAAUGCGUAACGCUGUAUCGCGGAUCUAUCGUGAAAGAAGGGCUUUGGCAACUAGUCUGAAGGACAUGUCCUCUGCAGUUUCGAAGUUGGAUGGAGUCUUGCUGGGCUUGGCACUUUUGGUCACUGUCUUCAUUUGGUUGUUCGUAUUUAAUCCCAAAGGAACAACUGCCCAGCUAGUUCCAAUGGCAACUAUUAUCCUUGGAUUCUCGUUUGUAUUUGGUAAUGCGGCUAAGAAUCUUUUUGAGAGCAUGCUCUUCAUCUUCAGUAUCCAUCCAUACGAUGUUGGAGACUUGAUUUUCAUCGACGAUUCACCAAUGUUCGUAUUGGAGUUUGGGCUCUUCUCGACUACGUUUCAGCGCUGUGAUGGGCAAGUGAUCGUUGCUCCCAACUCGGUGCUUUUUGGCAAGAAAUACAUCCUCAACGUCCGCCGAAGUGGUCCGAUGUGGGAAGCGACCAAGGUAAUGGUUAGCUUUGAUACACCCUUAGAAGUCCUGCACGAAUUCCGGACUCGGUUGCGCCAAUUUGUCACUGAUCAUCCCCGCGAAUGGAAAGGAGGGUUAGAUGUCAACAUUGAUUUCAUGCAAAACCAGAAUUUAAUCCAGUUGGCUGUUGCUAUGGAACACAAGAGUAACUGGCAGGAUUGGGGUGCCCGGUGGGAUCGACGCACUUUGUUGAUGAAGGAGAUGAAGCGGAUCAUGGAUUCACUGAACAUGACCUACAAACUUCCCACCCAACCUGUCUCGUUCAUCUCUCGCGAGACUAAAGUCGGGUCCCGAAGCCAUGAACCAUUCUUGGGCCAAUCGCUACGCUCACAACAUAGCAUGGGGGCAUCAGCUACCAGUCCUAACUCGAAUUUCUUGGGCAAUGCGGCCCGAAUGGGCUCGAACGCCCAGGCUCCUUGGAAUACCGGGGCUUUACCUUCCUUAGGAAUUCAAACACAUAGAUUAUAG